CACGAAUCCGAAUCUAAAUUUACCUUGAGAAUAAAACCAUGAAUGUAAAUGUAUACCACACAUGCUGAAAUCAAGUAUUCAUUCAAAGGCAGUGUAAUAUUUUGAUUGAGAUUUUUGUUCAUAUUACGGGCUCAAAGCACAGAAUUUAAAAAUUCUUACUUACUUAAUUGUAUAUUGGACGGAUGGUUUUAGUUUUAAUACCCUAUUUACAUGAUAAAAAAACGUGUAGGGUACGAGUAGUUUUACAAGUUUCAGCUGUUCUGACGGAGUUGCAACUUAUACCUUAUAAAUCUUCUCUUCCUAUCAAGUAACACAUUCGUUACUUUAGCAACAAAUGAUGAAUACGCAUGUGGUGCUCUUGUUUGGGCACAUUCAUUGCGUGACGUAAAGACCACGAGACAGGUUGUGUGUUUGACAACAAAACAGGUUUCAAAGCAAAUGCUAGAUAUUAUGGGGUCUGUAUUUGACCAUGUAGAAUUCGUUGAUGUACUUGAUAGCAAAGACGAAACGAACUUAGCAUUACUUUCGAGACCAGACUUGGGGGUAACUUUCACAAAGCUUCAUUGUUGGAGAUUAACUCAGUAUACGAAAGCUGUUUUUAUGGACGCUGACACUAUGGUAUUAAAAAAUAUUGAUGAUUUAUUUGAGCGGGAGGAACUCAGUGCUGCUCCGGAUCCAGGUUGGCCAGACUGUUUCAAUUCCGGAGUUUUUGUUUUCAAACCCCAUGGAAGCUUUGAUGGGGGCGAUCAAGGUCUGCUGAAUAUCUUCUUCUCCGACUGGGCAACCAAAGAUAUUCGUCUUCAUUUACCGUUCAUUUACAAUGUAAUCAGCCAAGCAUUUUACUCCUAUCCACCUGCCUUUAUUCAUUUCGUAAUAAAAUUCGUGUUGUUCAUUUUAUUGGCACUGGUGGAAUUUAUUUAUGACCCACGUUCAUCCAAAACUAACCCUGGUGAGAGCGAUUUUGUGGGUAAAUUGGCUCAGAUUGAGAUAAGCCAAUCUUCCUCAAGCUUGACCCAAGCCAGUGAUGAAUCUGAAAGACAAUUGGCAUGGGAACGUGGGCAAAUGGAUUAUAUGGGUUCUGAUUCAUUUGAAAAAAUACAAAAUCUUCUGGAAUCAAAAAUCAAAAAAUAG